CCACACUCGAAAAGUGGUCCCUAAAGUCGAGAACUUUCGGCGGCAAAAAGCAACUAAGGCAAGUGAACACUCGACCAACUCACCUCAUUUUGUUUUCUAAAGAGCUUCGGAAUGUCUCGAUAGCACACCUCGUACUUCUUGUGUGCAUAACAUCUCCUCACAUAUCCUCUGGUGGAUCUCCAGUCGCCUCCAUUAGGCCAUGACUUCAACUGAAGACCGGGCUGCGGCAACAGCCCUCAAGGUCAAGGGCAACGAAGCAUUUGCUCACCAUGACUGGCCGGCUGCGAUCGACUUCUACACAAAAGCAAUAGAGAAAUACGAUGCUGACCCGACUUUCUUUUCCAAUCGAGCCCAGGCCAACAUCAAGCUUGAGGCCUAUGGCUACGCCAUCGCAGACGCCAGCAAGGCCAUCGAACUCGACAAGGACUUUAUCAAGGCGUACUGGAGACGUGCGAUUGCAAACACUGCGAUUCUGAAUUCUCAAAAUGCCCUACGAGACUUCAAAACAGUCGUCAGGAAAGAACCGAACAACAGGGACGCAAAAUUGAAAUUGGCAGAAUGUGAAAAGAUGGUCAAGAAGAUACAGUUCCUCAAGGCGAUCGAAGUUGCAGAACCUCCCUCGGCAUUCGAAGGUCUUGACAUAGACUCGAUGCAGGUCGAAGAUACAUAUGAUGGUGUACGGUUAAAAGAUGAGAUGACGCAAGAGUUCAUUGAUGAUAUGAUAGAACGGUUCAAGAACGGAAAGACGAUACACAAGAAAUAUGUGUUCCAGAUCAUCAAAGCAGUAAGGGAUAUUGUGUACAACGAGCCGACUAUGGUGGACGUGGAUGUUGCAUCAGACAAGAAGUUGACAGUAUGUGGUGAUACACAUGGACAGUACUUCGACUUGCUGGAAAUCUUCCGACUCAAUGGAUAUCCCACCGAAAAGCACGGAUAUCUGUUCAACGGGGACUUCGUCGAUCGCGGCUCGUGGUCGUGUGAAAUUGCGCUGCUGUUGUACGCCUACAAGUGGUUACGACCGUCAUAUUUCUUCCUCAACCGAGGCAAUCACGAGACUGAUGACAUGAACCGAGUUUACGGUUUCGAAGGAGAAUGCAAGGCCAAGUACAACGAGAAGACCUUCAAGCUGUUUUCCGAGUCGUUUUCGGCACUGCCUUUGGCAACGCUUGUUGGAAAAAAGUAUCUUACUUUGCACGGCGGCUUAUUCUCGGACGACAAAAUCACUCUCGAUGAUAUUCGCAAACUCGACAGACACAGUCAACGUCAACCAGGUCAGCAAGGGUUGAUGAUGGAGAUGCUCUGGACCGAUCCCCAAACACAACCUGGAAGAGGACCCAGUAAACGAGGAGUUGGUUUGCAAUUUGGACCAGAUGUAACUAAGAGGUUCUGCGACAACAAUGGACUGGAAGCUGUUAUCCGAAGUCACGAGGUGAGAAUGGAUGGUUAUGAAGUGGAGCAUGACGGCAAAUGCAUUACUGUAUUCUCAGCACCAAAAUACUGCGACAGUACCGAAAACAAGGGCGCAUACAUCAACAUUGGGCCAGAGUUGAAACUCGAAUACCAUCAAUUUGAGGCAGUGCCACACCCUGAUAUUAAGCCUAUGGCUUACGCACAAAAUUCGUUAAUGUCAAUGAUGUGAUGAGGGAAUACUCACGGAGAACCUCAAUGUACUCAACCACAGCCGACAUGAUUGGAGAAUGAUUAGCUACAUGAAGCGAUGGUGUUGGAUUGCUAUGGGGGAACAUGGCGGA